UAUACCUCGAACAUGCUCAUCGGUCCAAUUCCUUCCACAAUUGGUCAUUUAACUAAUUUGAAAUAUUUGGACCUUCGUCGGAAUAAAAUCAGUGGAUCAAUUCCUCCCGAAAUAGGGAUGCUAAACAAUUUGACCUCUUUAUCCCUUGGUUCGAACAUGCUUGUCGGUCCAAUCCCAACCACUCUGGGUCAUUUAACUAAUUUGGAAUCUUUGGAUCUUAGUCAGAAUAAAAUCAAUGGAUCCAUUCCUCCUGAAAUAGGGAUGCUAAAUAAUUUGACCUAUGUUAACCUUUGCCAUAACUUUAUUAGUGAUGAAAUACCCACUGCACUUGGGACCAUUGGCAAAAGGGAUUCAUGUCGUCAAUUCAAGAUUUUUCCUCCACGUCACAAAAGCAAAAAAUCAAUCAUAACCGAAAUAGAAAUUUUUGCUCCCAUCACCACUUUCCUUGCAUUCCUAGUUAUUGGGAGUAUUCUCUUGUCUCGUUGUGUGCUCAAGAAAAAUCAGAUUGAGUCUAGGGGAUCAAAGAAUGGAAACAUAUUCUCAAUAUGGAAUUAUGAUGGACAUAUUGCAUAUGAAGACAUCAUUGAAGCAACCGAAGAUUUUGACAUCAGAUAUUGCAUUGGAACUGGUGGUUAUGGUAGCGUUUACAAAGCAGAAUUACCAAGCGGAAAUGUGGUUGCCUUAAAGAAACUUCAUCAGAGAGAGGUUGAGAAUCCAGUUUUCUGUAAGAGUUUUAUAAAUGAGGUGAGGGUGUUAACAGAGAUUCGACAUCAAAAUAUUGUAAAGUUGCAUGGGUUCUGUGUACAUAAAAGAUGCAGAUUUUUAAUUUAUGAAUACAUGGAAAGGGGAAGCCUAUUUUGUGUCCUAAGAAAUGUUGAUGAAGCUAUGGAACUGGAUUGGAGCAAGAGGGUAAACAUCAUCAAAGUCACAGCACACGCCUUAUCUUACAUGCAUCAUGAAUGCAUCCCAGCAAUUGUUCAUAGAGAUAUAUCAUCCAACAACAUUUUGCUGAACUCUGAAUUCCAAGGUUUUAUCUCUGACUUUGGAACUGCUAAACUUCUUGAUCCUGACUCAUCCAAUCAAACAUUGGUUGUUGGCACUUAUGGUUACAUUGCUCCAGAGUUUGCUUACACAAUGACAGUUACUGAAAAAUGUGAUGUAUAUAGCUUUGGAGUGGUGGCACUAGAAGUAUUAAUGGGAAGGCAUCCAGGAGAACUCUUGUCCUCAUUAUCAUCAUCAUCAUCUCAAAACAUGAUGCUAAAUGAAAUAUUAGACCAACGUCUGCCACCUCCAAAUCGUCUAAUUGGACAGGAUAUUUUGCUUGUUGCUACAAUAGCAUUUGCAUGCCUUCACACUCAGCCAAAAUCUCGGACUACAAUGAAAUGUGUAUCACAAGAAUUUCUCUCCCGCAAAAAGCUGAAUGUCAUACCCUUGACUACGGUUUCACUCUCGCAACUGAGGAAACAAGCAACAUAUAUGGUUGGAUCAGGAUUUGCUUAUUGUUAGGGUGGUUUUUGUGUUGUCAAUGUGUCGUUUACAUUUCUCAAUCUUUUUUCAAGAAAAAUAUUAUUUGUAAACAUUCCAAAUCACACCAUAAACUUGAAGUACUCACUUUUCAUGGUUGGAAGUAGCUGGAAUUUGAAAUAGAAUGGGACCGGUGUGUUUGUAUGA